AAAUUAAAGUUAAAGGAGAAGGAGAUUAUGACAUUUCUACACACCUUAGAGAAGGAGAAUAUUGAAGCCAAACAGAACUUCCAGGAUCUCAGGAAGGAGAUCAACUUCUAUCGCAACCUGCACAGCCGGCUCCUGAUGCAGAAGAACCUUAUGAAUAAGAGAUUGGUCAUACUGAAGCAGGAGAACAAGGAAGUACACGCUGAUUGGACCAUCAUUCAGCAAUACCUGGUUGACUUGAACCUGAUUGAUAAAGGUGAACAGAAGCCCAGCAUCUUCCAGGACCUACAACAUCAGGAUGACAAUGUAGACUAG